AUGACGCAGUCGAUCAUGAACAUGAGCACAUACGCCAGCGAUCUCCCCCUCCAAGUCUCCGAGACGAUCAUUUCCGUUCUGCCUCGCCUUUCGUCGCGCAUCCUUUUCUACCCGUCGCUGAUCUACACGAUUCUGAUGGAGAAGCUCUCCUCGCGUGAGUGGUACAAUCGAAUCGAUGAGAACCUAAUAAUCGGCGCCAUUCCGUUCAAAUCAAUGGCACAGCCACUUCAGGAAGUCGAGGAUGUCCGCGGCGUCGUGUCGGUAAACGAGGAUUUCGAGCGCUGGUACACGACUCCCUCGGACGAAGAAUGGACCGAACUCGGCGUCGAGCUUCUCCACUUCAAUGUUGGCGAUUAUGUCCACACGCCAUCAGUUGAUGAGUUGAAACAAGCCGUCGCGCUCAUCACGAAAAUCGCAGAAUUGGGCCACACGACUUAUGUUCAUUGCAAAGCUGGACGAACACGAAGUGCUACUGUCUGCGCUGCUUAUUUAAUUACUAAAGAAAAGAUCUCUAUAGAAGAAGCCGUGAAGAAGAUCGCCGACGUUCGCCACCACAUCGUCCUCCGCGAAGUCCAUCUCUCCGUCCUCCGCGACUACCAAGCUACCUUGGAGGGCAACGCCACGACCGACGAGAGCUCCAUGUGA